AUGCACACUGGCAAGAAGCCGUUCGCUUGCCACUGCUGCCCGGCGACUUUCGCACGGAAAUGGAGCCUCGGCAGCCACGUGCUGACGCACACGGGCGAAAAAAAACACGGCUGUCCCACGUGCGGUAGAAUGUUCAGCCGCAAGGCGUACCUCGCGAAACACCUUCGCCACCACACGGGCGAAAAGCCGUUUAUGUGCCACCUCUGCCCGGCGGAGUUCGCGCUGCAGUCGAGGUUGCAGCGCCACUUGUUGACCCAUACAGACGAAAAGCCGUACAGAUGUGAAGAGUGUGGCAGAAGGUUCGCGCAACGGGUGAACCUAGUUCACCACAACUAUGUGCACACCCGCGAGAAGCCUUACGACUGCGACAGAUGUCCGGCCGAAUUCUCUCAUAAGGGUACUCUGAUCAGACACUACCUUACGCACACCAAGGAGAAGCCGUGGAAGUGCGGACUGUGCGACAAGACAUUCGCGCUCAAGUUCAACCUGAAGGUCCACUUGCGGGUGCACACCGAGGAGAAGCCGUGGAAGUGCGCACUGUGUGACAAGACGUUCUCGCAGACGUCCAACCUGAAGGUCCACUUGCGGGUUCACACUGGCGAACGACCGUUUCGGUGCGACCUGUGUCCAGCCACCUUCAAACAGCUGACUACCCUUCAUAAUCACAAGUGGACGCACACCUGCGAAAAGCCCUUCAAAUGCUGCGUGUGCGGCAGCAGAUUCACGCAGAUUGGUUCCUUCAACAGACAUAUGCGCACAUUCCACGCCGCCCCGAGCGCUGGUGAGAGCGACGUCGGCGACUGGGACCCUCCCAUUGUACAGCGCAACAACCUGCAAUGCGUUGUGGGAAAGCUGCAAGCAACAAAGCCCAAGAAACAGUCUGAAGACGCGAGCCGAGGAACGUCCGAUGUCGGCGAUACAUUCGUGUGUGACGUUGAUUCUGACAUGACAGUGUCUUAG